UUGGCCAUGGAGAGAGUUAGCAAAGAUGCCCGCUUUUCACACAUCACUAAAGAUCUACGAUUUCGUAGAAUGUCUAAAAACACACAGAAAGUUAAAAUUGAUAAACGCUUUAAAGACAUGUUUACAGACAAACGCUUUAAGCUGAAGUAUUCCGUGGAUAAGAGAGGAAAACCAAUGAAUAUGACAACUAACGAGAACCUGAAGAAGUAUUACGAGUUGUCAGACAGCAUGGAAGAAGAUAAUGUAGAUGAUGGCAAAGACAGUGAAGAUGACAAAGAUGAAAGUGAUGAUGAUGAGGAGGCAGCAAAGAAAUCAGGAAAUCAAACAAAGACGAAAAACAAAGAAACAACAAAAUUAAAAAUGGACAAUGUUAAGGAAGGCUUGAAUAGUGAUUCAGUGAAAAAAGAAAGUAGUGUGCCAGAUAAAAAGAAAAAGAAACAGUGCAAAAUGAAAGAUUCAGUGAAAGAGAGAAAGAAAACAAUGAAAGUCAGAAGUGAUUCAGAAGAGGAGGUUUUAGAGCAAAACCUGGGAAAGGCUUCAAAGAAAAAAGCCAUGAAGAGCAGGAAGAAGAAGACAGAAAUUAAGGUGACAGAGGAAGAUUCUUCUUCUGAUGAUGAGGAGGACAAGAAAGAGGAGGAGUUCAGGUUUGAGGAAAACUCGGAUGAUGAAGACUCAGGUUUAGGGGAAGGCCCUGAUCUGGCUCGAGGAGAAGGCAACGUGGAGACGUCCUCAUCUGAGGAAGACGAUGAUAGUGAGGAGGAGGAAGAAAAUCAGGAAGAGUUUGACCAUGGCUGGGGAGAGCUUGAUAAAGAUGUUCACACUACAGAGGAACUGGGACACAGACUCUCUGUGUGUAACAUGGACUGGGAUAGAAUCAAGUCUCAGGACAUCUUUGUUUUACUUCAUUCAUUUGUACCAACAGGAGGCAGCAUCAAAUCUGUCAAGGUUUAUCCUUCUGAGUUUGGUCUUCAAAGGAUGAAGGAGGAAGCAUUAUCAGGACCAACAGAACUGGUCCAGGACAAACGAGAGAAUCCUCCCGAGGCAGAGGGGGAGGAGGAGGAUUAUGAAGAGAAUCAGGGGACCCGUUACCAUAGAGAGAAAUUACGUCGUUACCAGCUCAAUCGACUGAAGUAUUACUAUGCUGUCGUGGACACAGAUUCUAUAGGGACAGCCAGUAAGAUUUAUGAGGAGUGUGAUGGAAUGGAAUACGAGUCCAGCUCGACCAAACUAGAUCUCAGGUUUAUACCAGAUGACAUGGAGUUUACUGAGGAACCUAAGUCCGUGUGUACUGAGAUGCCUGCUGCCUACAAUCCCUCAUUGUUUGUGUCAACUGCCCUGGCUCAGUCAAAGGUGAAUUUAACCUGGGAUGAAACAGACCAGGACCGAAUCAAAGUGACUAUGAUGAACUCGUCACAAAGGAAGAAGACAGAUGAUGUUAAUGAGGAGGACUUUCAGGCUUAUCUGGCGUCCAGCUCUGAGGAAGAGGAAGACAAAGAUGAUGAUCAUCCUGUUGUUGAUGAAGAUGACAAUGAUAAUGAAGAUGACAAUGAGGAGAGUCAGAUACAGAAAUAUCGCAGUCUCCUCCAGUCGUUAGAUAACGACAAAGACCAGAAGAAAAAGAAAGAGGUCGAAAUGGAGGUCACAUGGGAACCAGGAUUAAAAGAGACAACAGAGAAGAUUGUGAAACACAAAGAAAAGACAAAAGACCAGACUCCGUGGGAUCAGUAUCUGAUGAAGAAGAAAGAGAAGAGACAAAGAAAGAGAGAAGAAAGAAUGAGCGGAAAAAUGACGAGUGAUAAAGAACCAGAGGAACAGGCUGCUUUCAGUGAUGAUGAUCUACCAGCAGGUGUAGACGAGGAUCCAUUCUUCAAACAGAGUCUGGACAGUGAAGAUGGAGAGGACAGGAAACCAAAAGCUGAGUCUAAGAAGACAAAGAAGAAAAAAAGGAAAGAGAAAACAUUGAAGUCAAUGACCAAAGAUACAGAGGGUGAACUGGAACUUCUAAUGAUGGAUGAAGAAACUGACAACAGGAAACAUUUCAAUCUGAAGUCAAUCAUGAAAGACUCAAAGAAAAAGAAGAAAUUAUCUGGGGAUCAAAAACCAGAGGAAGAUUUUCAGAUAAAUGUAAAGGAUGACAGAUUUACUGCCAUUUUUGAUUCCCAUCUGUACAACAUUGAUCCAUCGGCACCAGAGUUUAAGAAGACCAAAUCAAUGGAGGCAAUUAUUGAAGAGAAACUGAAGCGAAGGACAUCAGGAAAAACCCAGAAAACUGUCAGCGGACAAAAACGGAAAUCAGAGAGUGACCAUAUUAACACUGGACACUUGGCUAAGAAGCUUGAUUCAGAAAGCAUAUCAUCUCUUAUUCAUUCUGUUAAAUCUAAAACACAGACUUUUCAGAACAAGAAAACGAAAAAAUAUGAUAUUUCAAGCUUGAUGUCCCCAGGGUUGACACAGUCCACAUUCUAUGUAACGGAGGAACAGUCCAUCCUGGUCUAUGAUGUGGACACAGUCAUUGUUAGAAUCAGCUGUAAGGAUGUGACUCUGACUGUCUGUGGUGAUUCCUCAUGGACUGAAUGGUUGGUUUUUUGGAGCAGGAGUAUGGCCAGUGAACUUGAAUCUCAGUUUCCCGGCCUGAUUGACCACCACUACUGCUCUAGCUCCUAA